AUGUUGCUGUGCACAUUACGAGGUGAAUCAGGCUUAUACCAGCUUCUGGUUAUGGUUUUCCUGGCUGCUGUAAGGAGUAUUUUUACCAGACACCCCUUUUCUGGCCGUGAGGUUCCCAUCUCGAAUGGUUCUGGCUUUAUAAUAAGUAGUGAUGGCCUGAUAGUGACAAAUGCCCAUGUGGUCGCCAACAAGCGUGGUGUUCUUGUCAAACUGACCAAUGGUGAGACUUACAACGCCACAGUUCAGGAUGUGGACCAGGCUGCAGACAUCGCCACCAUCAAAAUCAAUGUUAAGAAUCCUUUACCAACGUUGCGUCUUGGCAAGUCAUCUGAUGUGCGUCAAGGUGAAUUUGUGGUUGCCAUGGGGAGCCCCUUUUCUCUUAAAAACACCAUCACAUCUGGAAUCGUCAGCUCUGCUCAAAGAGGCAGUAAAGAACUGGGUCUCUCCAACUCCAACAUGGACUACAUCCAGACGGACGCUACCAUAGAUGAUGGUGAGGUCAUCGGCAUUAAUACCAUGAAAGUGACAGCAGGGAUUUCCUUUGCUAUUCCCUCU